CAACAGGAAGAACUAAAUUCAAAUAUUUUUAUAUAUUUUUGGGAACCAAACAUGUAUGUAUAAACGCGACUGAAUUCUACAGUGGCUCAAGGGCAAUCUUGUACAACAUCAUAUUUGCAACAAUUUUCCGUACUUUAUAUCUAUAAAUAAAUUAUCUAUAACUAAAUAAUAAGCAAGACAGAUAGGAAUCUGAUGGUACAGAGAUUUUAAGAGAUUUUUGUUGCUUUGAUCAUAGCUCGGUUGUUAAAAUAAAAAAAUCGACCAAACCACCGUACAUUUUGCACCUGCGACGAAGAAAACACGCUGUAAGUAUAAACGCACACCCCGUCACAACAACAAACAGUUGUUUUGAUUUCACGCGCGUUUUCGUUUUCGGUCGUUUACGAUAUGAAUCUCGACGGAAAGUACGAAAAGGACAUUCCAAAACGAUUGCAAAAUGAUGCAAUCUUUGUGGAAAAAGUUACCCUCACCAAGCAGUGUUCGGUUGUGUACGUAAUAACCAAGGAUAAGAGGCUGUUUGAAGUGCGGGAACGGGCGAUUUUGAGUCAAGUGCCGCUCGUGCUGAACGUCGCUGAUGCAGGACACCACCAUCCGACUAAAAACAGCUCCCGGUUAUUCAAUGAACCACCGUACGAAAUGGAUACGUCCACCGUCAUGGGAUGCCACAGACCGUGCAACAUUAGCAUUAAACUCUUUCGGGCAAAUGAUGGAACAAAGCGAAAACUUUUUAUUCUCGUUCAACUGGACCGAUCGUUGGUUGUGGUCGAACGUCGCCAUAUGAAUGGUUGCGAUAGUGUCGGUUUGCUAGUGGUACAUUCCCGGUUUGAAGAGUUCCGUCAACUUGCUUUUGUAGAAAAUACCGAACGCAUCGGAAGCUGUAUGGUUCAAAUAGAUUUAGACGAUCGCGAUGAACCGAUCGUGACGGACUUUCUGGACAGCUGCUUUGGUCGUUCCGGAUCGAGUGCGCUAGAGGACAAUUUUACCUGUUUCGAAGAGGUGCUAAAAAUGUUGCGUGAACAAACUGCGGAACGAAAGGCACAGCUAGAAAUGGCCCGUUUGACCGUAAGCGAAAUAUUUAACGGUACGAACGAACGUAUGAAAACCAUUCCACCACUACUGCGAUCAUCAAAUCCGGAAGAAAAAGUCCCACUGGUGCGUUACGGUGAAGUGUGGAAAAAAAUCCACAACGAUCGUUUGCUGAUCGGUGUUCCACUGUACAACUGUACGUAUAAAAGACGGUUAACAUUAAUCAACCUUCGAUUGCUGUUGCUCACCCAAAAUGAUCAGUCCGUUUCUUUCCUCACUCGGUUCUACCGCCUCCGAGAUGAUGAUUACAACUUUAAAUCUUACCAAGAAAUUAUGGAAAUGGAUGAUAUGUUCGAAAACGAUUUCAACUUUCACCAGGAAUGGAUUGCCAACAAGAAAAACGUUCUACAUCCGGAAGAAUCGGCAAUAUGCCUUGCAAUUUGUGAUCUAUCUUCGCUGAUUCCCUUUGGCCGCGGGUUUCAAUUCAACUGUUUCGUCACUUAUAACGUUGAAACAUUCGAUACGGAAUGUGACGAGCUACAGCUGAACGUGGGUUCGUUGGAACUUCAGCAGCAACAACUCUGCAACACCGACCUAUGGGUACAGUUUCGUAGUGUUGCGGAAAUUGGCCGUGAUUUGCUGGCCGUAACGUCCACAUCGGAUUUCCUAUCGCUGGAAGUACGAUACAAGCGCGAACCGAACGUUCCAAUGAAGGAGUUUUGUGUCGGCAGAUUAGGUUUUGUGGAAGUACUAUCGACGGUUGUAAAUCAAACAGUGCUAUACUGUGCUGAUAAUACGUACUGGCAGGGUACGAUGAUACGGUUGGAUCGGAUGGAGGAGAAGCGAUUGCGGAUGAAACUAUACAGCAGAUAUUCUCACCAAAUACUGACGUUGCUGCAAUCGAUAUAUACCGAUUACGAGGAGUCUUGUUCAAUUGAACUGUGUGCGACGACGCAGUGUGCUACAGCGCAAGAGCUAAAACAACGGCUUUUGGAUGAAUUGCAAAGCAAAAUUGAACAACCAGUCCAGAAAAAUCUAUGCAUGCAAAAGGAAUUCAGUACCGAUAUGGUUUAUUGUUCGUUAGACAUACGGGAACCGCGGGAAAGCGAUAUUGCUCCUAGUUGAUGUUAACCAGAUCACUUCCAUCGCCAUUACCACGAUUAUCGAUUGCAACGUGCACGUUGACCAUCGCCGGAUUACGACUGAUCAGAGCCGGCUCAUCAUCAUUCUCCUCGUCAACGUUCGGGUGCUCCGGAGUCAGAUACGGUUCCGGAUCUUUCACGUGCUCAGCAUCCUUAAGAAUGUCGACGUAGAUAGACACGGCAGGAUUUUCGUUAUCCGGCACAUAAUGUGCAUCACUCGAAAUAACACUAUUGCCAUCCGGUACCAGCAUCUUCUGAUUGACGUCUGAUGGUACUGGGAUUGGGUUAGCGAUUACUAGCGAUACCACCAAAACUACUAGCACCAACAGCGAUUUCAUUUUGGCUAUAAUUUGUAGAAUUUUCACAAGGUUUAAAACAGACAAUUAACACGUCCGCGUUGGUGCACUCAAAGGGAAGUGGUUUUAACUAAUUGAAGACACAAUGUCGAUAAAAUUGGUCAGUCCAAUCGAUUAAGCUUUUAUACGAGCCGGGAGUUGUAAAGGGAAGAUGAUUUGUUAUCAUUUUAUUGACUGUCCAUGAUGCUAUUUUUGAGACUCGAAUCGUGCAGAUAAAAGAAAGAUAGGAAAACUGCAUUCGUAAUGGAUUAUGAAAUGGUGCCAUUUGC